UUUAGAAAAGCAUCCAAUACAGUUGUAUAGCAUCAGCAUCUCAUGUAGUACCCACCACCACUGACCAAGUCAAAGUAAAGACAGUGUCCGAUCUAUUCACCUUAUAAAAAAUCAACCGAGCUUAUUGCAUCCAAUUCCUUACCUUUCUCAUUAUCACUUGUUCUUGAGAUCAUGGCUACAGCAGUCGUAGGUGGUGCGUUCCUCUCUGCCUUCCUUGAUGUUGUUUUUGACAGGCUGGCUUCACCUGAGGUUGUCAACUUUAUCCGUGGAAACAAGCUUCACAACAAGUUGCUUCAACAGUUGGAGACCAUUCUAAGGGUGGUUAGAGCUGUGCUUGAUGAUGCUGAGAAGAAACAAAUCACAGACUCCAGUGUCAACGAAUGGCUCACUACUCUCAAAGAUCUUGUCUACCAGGCUGAUGACUUGCUCGAUCAUGUUUCUACCAAAGCUGCCACCCAAAAGAAGGUAAGAAACUUCUUUUCUCGUUUUUCCAAUAGGAAGAUAAUUACUAAGUUGGAAGACAUAGUUGUCAGAUUAGAGAUUGUUUUAAGACUCAAGGAGAGUCUUGAUCUGAAAGAGAUUGCAGUGGAAAACAGUGUACCAUGGAAAGUUCCAUCAACAUCUCUUGAAGAUGGAUCUCACAUAUAUGGUAGGGAUGAUGACAAGGAGGCCAUAAUCAAGUUGUUGUUGGAGAAUAGUAGUGAUGGUGAAGAAGUGUCUGUCAUCCCUAUUGUGGGCAUGGGUGGAGUUGGAAAAACUACUUUGGCACAACUGGUGUACAAUGACAACAGUUUGAAGGAGAUAUUUGAUUUUAAAGCAUGGGUUUGUGUUUCUGAAGAAUUUGAUAUUCUAAACGUCACAAAAAUUAUAUCAGAGGCGGUUACUGCACAACCUUGUAAAAUUAAUGAUCUAAACUUACUUCACCUAGAAUUGGUGGACAAACUGAAAGAUAAAAAGUUCUUGAUUGUUUUGGAUGAUGUUUGGCUUCAAGAUUAUGUUAAUUGGAGUCUUUUUAAGAAACCACUUCAACGUGGAAUUAAGGGAAGUAAAAUUCUUGUUACAACCCGCAAUGAAAGUGUAGCAAUUGUAGUCGGUACUGUUCAAGCUUAUCAUCUAAAUCAAUUGUCGAAUGAGGAUUGCUGGUUAGUGUUUGCAAACCAUGCAUGUUUUACUCCAGAACCUAGUGAGAAUUCUAGGACUCUAGAAAAAAUUGGAAGGGACAUUGUUAAAAAGUGUAAGGGAUUGCCUUUAGCAGUACAGUCACUUGGAGGUAUGUUGAGAAGAAAGCACGACGCUAGGGAUUGGAAUGAUAUACUGAAUAGUGACAUUUGGGAACUUGAGUGUAACAUUAUUCCAGCACUAAGAAUUAGUUAUCAUUAUCUCCCUCCACAAUUAAAACGAUGUUUUGUUUAUUGUUCUUUGUAUCCUAAGGAUUAUGAAUUUCAGAAAAAUGAAUUAAUCUUACUGUGGAUGGCUGAAGAUCUUUUAAAGCCAGGAAAAACUGGAAAAUCGUUAGAAGAAGUUGGUUGCGAGUAUUUUGAUUAUCUAGUUUCAAGAUCAUUUUUUCAACAUUCAAGAAAUUGGACAUGGAAAAAUGAUUUUGUGAUGCAUGACCUUAUGCAUGACCUGGCAACAUCCCUUGGACGAGAAUUCUAUUUGAGAUCAGAAGAAAUGGGAAAAGAAACCAAGAUUGAUGUCAAGAUUCGUCAUUUGUCAUUUACCAAAUUCAGUCAUGAUGUCUUGGACAACUUUGAUGGAGUAAAAUUUUUGAGAACUUUCUUGUCUAUCAUCCAUUUUGAAAGUGCGCCAUUCCAUAAUGAGAAGGCACCAUGUAUUAUAAUGUCAAAACUUUUGUACUUGAGAGUUUUAUCAUUUUGCGACUUCCAAAGUUUGGAUGCUUUGCCUGAUUCAAUAGGUAAAUUGAUCCAUUUGUGUUAUUUAAAUCUAUCCCGUACAAGUGUUUCUACAUUGCCAGAAUCAUUGUGUAAUUUGUACAAUCUAGAAACCUUGAAGUUGUAUAAUUGCACCAACUUGACUAUGUUGCCCAAUGGCAUGCAGAAUCUUGUAAACUUGCGUCAUCUUGAUAUAUAUGGUGUUCCUUUAAAAGAGAUGCCUAGAGGAAUGGGAAAAUUAAACCACUUACAACAAUUAGAUUUUUUUAUUGUGGGCAAGAAUAUAGAGAAUGGGAUCAAAGAAUUGGGAGGACUUUCAAACCUUCACGGUUCGCUUAUGAUUAGAAAUUUGGAGAAUGUUACCUCAAGUGAUGAAGCAUUGGAGGCCAAGAUAAUGGAUAAGAAGUACAUUGACGAAUUAUCCUUGAAGUGGUCUGAAUGUAACGACAAUAGUAGCCAGUUCCAAACUGAAACAGAUGUACUCUGCAAGUUACAACCUCACCAAGAGCUGAAAUCUCUAUCAAUACGUGGUUAUCAAGGAACUAGAUUUUCGGAUUGGGUGGGAAAUUGUUUGUUCCACUGUAUAACAGAUCUACGGUUAUAUGAUUGUAAGAAUUGUUGUAUGCUUCCUUCGCUUGGGCAACUACCAUCUCUCAAGAACCUCUGUAUUACAAGAUUGAAUUCGGUGAAGACUAUUGAUGCAGGUUUUUACAAUAACGAAAAUUCUUGUUGUGUUAAAUCCUUUCCCUCCCUUGAAGUUCUAGAAAUUGAUAGCAUGCCUUGUUGGGAAGUGUGGAGUUCCUUUGAGUCAGAUGCUUUUUCUUCACUCAGGAGGCUUGUUAUUAGUGAUUGUCCUAAACUACGGGGAGAUUUGCCAAAUCACCUGCCAGCAUUGGAAUCACUUACAAUUGCUGAGCUGCCUUGUUGGGAGAUGUGGUGUUCUUUUGAGUCGUGUGCUUUUCCUCUCCUUAAGGAUCUCGAUAUAUCUGAUUGCCCCAAACUAAGGGGAGAUUUGCCAAAUCACCUUCCUGCUCUGGAAAGGCUUGAGAUUUGUAAUUGCGAGCAGCUUGUGUCUACUCUUCCAAGGGCUCCCGUCCUGCAAACUUUAAACAUUUACAAAAGCAAUAAAGUAGCCCUGGAUGUGUUUCCUCCUUCGGUGAAAUUUAUAAAUGUAAAAGGAAGCCCAAUGGUGGAGUCCAUGAUUGAGGCCAUCACUAGCGUCCAACCAACUUCUCUCCAUUCUUUAUUAUUAAGUGAUAGUUCCUCAGCCAUAUCAUUUCCAGGUGGUCGUUUACCUGCAUCGCUCAAGACUCUGAUCAUCCAUGAUAUUAAGAAAUUAGAAUUCCCGUCCCAACACAAACACGAGUUGCUAGAAUCACUAAAUGUAUACAACAGUUGUGACUCGCUCACAUCUCUUCCAUUGAUUACCUUUCCAAAUCUCAAAAGACUCAUAAUCGACGGGUGUGAAAAUAUGGAAUCUCUCUUGGUUUCGGUGUCAGAGUCACCUAAGAAUCUAAGUUAUUUUGUGAUUUGCCGAUGCCCUAACUUUGUUUCAUUCCCAAGAGAAGGAUCUCCUGCGCCCAAUUUGAAUUGUUUCAGAGUUGGAUUUUGCGACAAGUUGAAGUCGUUGCCUACUCAGAUGAGUGCUCUUCUUCCAAAGUUAGAGCAUAUUUAUAUAAGCAACUGCCCGGAAAUUGAGUCAUUUCCUGAAGGGGGUAUGCCACCUAACUUGAGUAAGAUUGAGAUUUCCAAUUGUGAGAAACUAGUGAGCGGCCUAGCAUGGCCAUCGAUGGACAUGCUUACCGAUCUCAUCAUCGGUGGUCCGUGUGAUGGCAUAAAGUCCUUCCCAAAGGAGGGUUUGUUGCCUCUCUCCCUUACGUCUCUCUCUCUACGUAACUUGUCAAGUCUAGAAAUGUUGGACUGCAAGGGGCUUCUCCAUCUCACAUCCCUCCAAAAGUUAGAAAUUUUUCAUUGUCAUAAGUUGGAGAAUAUGGCAGGUGAAAGGUUGCCUCUCUCUCUAAUAAAAUUACAAAUUAUUUUAUGUCCUUUGCUGCAAAAACGCGUGAAGCACCGUCAAAUUUGGCCUAAAAUUUCUCAUAUCCCUGGCAUUAAAGUUGACGAUAGAUGGAUUUAGUGACGAAGGAUGAUCACCAGUUUGUUUGCGACUCCGCAUAGUAAGAGCCGAGAUUUUGCCUAGUAUUAUGGUGAAUACCAGGAGACACAACUUCUAACCAGUUAGACAAACAUUAUACAAUUUUAUGGUAGCAAAAAAAAUGGAGACCGAAUCUCUUAUGUAUGGAAUGUGUCCAUCCCACUUCAAUUGAUAAAUGCAUUAAUGUAGUGAACAAUGUUUUCAUAGUUGAAUAUGUUGCAAUAACACAUCACUUAGUGUAAGGGGAAAAAAGAAGUGAAAGUGAAAAGAAAAAAAAAACAAUUUCAAGUUAUUUUUAUUGGUUUUAAAAA